AUGGGUAACACAGCGAGACCCAUUUCAAGUCUCCUCUCCUUUGACGAUCCUCAUCUCGACAUGCAGUCGUUCGUCAUCCGGCCGGGAUCACCAGAGAGCGUCUGCCGUCAGAUUUUGCUCAAUCAUGGCAUACCGCAUUUUACCGAGAGCCCUAUGGUGGAGCAACAUACACCAGCCCAAGGGGUUGGCCAGCUGCAUCCCGACUCUUUCGAUCUUCGAAUCGUGAUAUAUCGCAUGGAAGAUCACCACAAAAUCAAAGAAAUUUGGAAAAGAGCAUUCUUCGUACAAGAACUCAAUUCAAUCCCGGGAUUCAUGGGAUUUCUGAAGGAGCGACCAGAUGCAGGAAGACUCCCAAGAGCUACCAUAAACUAUCGCCUUACACAGACGGCAUUCUUCGAGAAUGAUUCAGAAUCCACAUCCAAGGCCAAUGCAACCAAAAUCUACAUUCAAGUGACCGAUUUCGUGGAGGAUGUAUGGGCCAGAUUCGAUAGAAAUUCGGAGCACCUGGAAGCAUCACGGAAUUCAGAUCGCGAGGUCUCCUUACAGCAUCUUGAUUCUGUUUUGAAAAGCCUAGCGAUGGAUUCAUGUAAGCUGCGAGAGCACCAGUUCCACAAACAAGCCAAGAGAGAUCAGGUUUUCAGGAGCCCCAACGAUGCUGCUUGGUAUUUCAAGAAAUAUCUACGGUCUGAAAAGCUCGACCACAGCCAUGCUGGACCAUCAACAGAACUCUUGAUAUACUUUUUUCAAUCGAUCAAUAUCAAUAGUCAAGCCGCGUUGGAGAAAUUCUUGGAUGGUUUCAUUAGAAAUCAUUUCUCCAAAGACACUCAUCGUGAAAAUUACUACGAAGUUGCACGAGACUAUGAGGGCAUCGACUUUGAUCUUGGUUUUUAUCUCGUCGAUGAAAUGAUGAUUGGAAGGAAUAAUGCGACCAUUGAGUGCACUACUACUGAAACAAUCACGCCUACCGAAAAGUUAAGGGCAAUAAUGAGCGCAUUCCUGUGGAUGAGACUUCUUUAUCCAAGUCGGGAAUGGCAGAGCAGGCUUCUCAAAUUUCCAUUUGAGAAAGAGCUUAAAGGUCAUCUCCACUGGAUGGUGGAUAUAAAGCAGCAGGAGUCAUUAAAGGAAGAUCAUGAGCUGGCUGGCGCAGAUAAGACCCGUAUUGAUCGGCUGUGGAGAUGGCUGAGUCGACAUGAUCAGCGACCAAUAAAAUUGGCAUUUUUGGUGUCGAAUAAACGCAUGGCAAGAGAUGUGCUUAAUGAGAUGGAUGUUGUUCAUCGUUUCAUUGAAGAAAUCACAGACUCCGCUCAAUUGGGCCGCAGAUCGUAUUGA